UCCGGCUCGACCAACAUUCAUGUCUCUCACCUCCGGCUCAGAGAUAUCGCUGGCGGCUGCGAUCGCUGCUCUGGGCGUUGAUCUCCUGGUCCACCCGAUUGACACGUUGAUCACUCGCACCCAGUCCCCUGCCUACAGGACGCACUAUAAAAACGCCAAUGGAUCAUUCAACCGGUCCCUCUUCCUUGGGCUGUACCAGGGCUUCGGCCCGACCCUGGUCGCCAGCAUGCCCUCGGCCGCUGCAUUCUUCACUAUCUAUGAGGGCUUAAAGAAGGCCUCUCGGGACGCCAGAGCAGCGGGCUAUCUCCAGGGCGUGCCGUUGCCAGUGCUCCACGGUGCCAGCAGUGCCGCUGCCGACCUCGUGGCCUGCGCCAUCAUCAACCCGGCGGAGGUUCUGAAACAGAAUGCGCAGGUGUAUCAGCAAGGCGAAGGGUCGGCGAAACGCCAGUCGCCCACGUUGAAGAUGUUGAAAACGUUCAUGAUGAAGCCGUCAAGGUUGUGGGCUGGCUAUACAGCCCUGGCAACAAGCAGUAUACCCGGGACCUCCCUGAUGUUCCUGCUCUACGAAUCUCUGGCGGCGAAGUUGCUGAAAAGGCUGGAGCAGAAGACCAGGCAAGGUCAGGGAAGCAUAGCGCAGCAGAUCCAGGUUCACACGAUGAGUGCAGCACUCGCCGGCGCUUUCUCUUCCUUUCUCUUCGUCCCGGCCGACGUGGUGAAGACGAGGAUGAGGCUUGUGGCCGGGGCCCAAGCAUCGAUCCCCCGUUUAUUUCCAACUUCGGUCAGGAUCCAAGGCAGUGCGAUAACACAUGUUGAACAUGCCCAACCUCGCGCGCCUCACGGUCCCUUGCGCAUGGCACGAGCCGUCUUUCGUACAGAGGGCGUUCGUGGUUUGUUCAGGGGAGGCAGUUUAACCUGCUUGGCCGCUGCUGUCGGGAGUGGCAUCGGUAUUGGAAGCUACGAAGGCUUCAAGCAAUACUUUAGAGGCCCUACGCAAGCACAAGAAGAGCCAUUGCUGUAGCCCAUUCUCUGAGGGAUGGAUCAUCCUCUUAGACAUCUGUAACAUUAUGUAACUUUAGAGAGCAAACUUCACUCAACUCGGAGAUUGCGUUGCUUUCAUGGCUUAGAAAACGGACACUUGGUAUAUUGGUAAGAAGUUCCCGUUCACAAACUCCGGGAGAAGAUGAGUUUCUGGGUGGGUUCAUCUUGUUGGGGACAGCGGAACGGGU